AGGGUACCGCUUCCCAAAUCUGCCACUCUUAUACGGAGAGGACCGGUGGGGGACUACGCAGUUGGAGAGAUCUCCUGGAGUUGGAGGGCGCAUUGGGGGUUUCUCGAGGUCCACAGUUGAUUCUCUCGAGCCUGCCCUUGGGAUUCGUGCACGAAUGUAAAAGGUUCCGCGCUACCGCGUGUUGGGACGUUCAAGUUGUUCUAUAUACGUUUGCCGCGGUAGCGGCGGCAGAGGAGAGGUGGGAUCAGGCCUUUGGUGGCAGUGGUUUUGCUGCAAUGGAGGGGGACGAGGAGAAGAGCGGGGAUUUCUACGCGGUGCUGGGGCUGAAGAAAGAGGGCUCCAUGGCGGAGCUCAAGAAUGCGUACAAGAAGCUGGCGAUGAAGUGGCAUCCCGAUAAGUGUCCUGCGUCAGGCAAUAAGAUACGCAUGGAUAAAGCGAAGGAGAAGUUCCAGGAGAUCCAAAAAGCCUACUCUGUUCUCUCCGACUCCAACAAGCGAUUCCUGUACGAUGUCGGAGUUUACGACAAAGACGAUGAGGAAGAUGAAGAGGUAAGACGAAGACAACUUUUAAUUCGCAGUGAUCUCGUCGAUCCUUUUUUCAUCUCCUUGUGGUUUUCUAUGCAGGGGAUGGGGGACUUCAUUGGGGAGAUCGCGCAAAUGAUGAGCCAGUCCAAACCCAGCGGGAGCGGCCACGAGAGCUUGGAGGAGCUGCAUCGGCAGGUCGUGGAGAUGUUCCUCGACGAACUGGACGCCGGAGAUCGCUUCUCCUCGGCCAACCAAGGCGCGUCGUCCUGCGACGGCAGGGACGACGGCGGCGGUAACAAGCGUGGCAACUGGGCGGUGGACUGGGGCAAGGAGAAGCUGAACGAGUUGGGCCCGGGCACCGGCGGGUUCUGCUUCGGGGUGAGUCGCCGAGUCCACUCCUUUGAUCUUAUGAUAGACGUAGUCCACCUCAUCCAUUCUGAUCUGACUCUGGAAUAGCACAUUGCUGAUAUGACCUGCCAAAGUCGCCCAGCUGAUGUGGCGAAUUUUGGGUGGAUGGCCCUCCCCUUGCCUCACCCAUCACAGUAGAAGAAAUUCAUCAGUAUUUGUCACUGUACGGACUUCCUCGUGACUCUUUCACAUGCCCGUAAAGUUUAAUGAAUUCACGUAAAAGUUUCUCCAA